AUGCCAAUCACUACACAACUCGUCUCUAAGCUACCUUCUUCAGUCAAAGUCAUCGCUAAACUUGGCGUUGGUUUUGAAAAGAUUGAUGUAAAUAUGUGCCGCCAUCGAGAUAUUGAGGUUUGCUAUACACCUGAUUAUGGCACAAAUACUGUAGCCGAUCAUGCAGUUGCUCUUCUCUUCGCUGCUCAACGUCAUUUAUUGACAUUUCACAAUUCAAUCGUUGAAAAACAUCAAUGGAAUUAUAAAGUGGCUGGAAAGUUACAAGAAUUGAAUACAAUGACACUCGGCAUUAUUGGCUGUGGACGAAUAGGAACAUGUUUCGCAGAUAAGAUGCGCCCUUUCGUCAAGCAAAUAUUGACACAUAAUUCGAAAAAUUCGACAACAAAUACUUUGAAAGAGAUUUUCGAAGAAUGUGAUAUUAUCUCGCUGCAUAUUCCAAUGUCAACAAUGAAUCAUCAUCUUAUCUCAUCUGACUCGAUUGCUCAGAUGAAGCGUUGUCCGAUUCUAAUUAAUGUUAGUCGAGGUGGUCUUAUCGAUACAAAAGCACUUGUUCAAGCAUUGAAAAAUGGACAAAUUUCUUAUGCUGCUCUCGAUGUUGUCGAAGGCGAGCCUGAUAUUGACGAAGAAUUGGUCAAACUUGACAAUGUACUUCUCACUCCUCAUGUGGCUUGGUAUACUGAAGAAUCAAAACGAGCUCUGAGAACCAAGGCUAUUGAAGAUAUUUUACGAGUGUUGAGAGGUGAACGACCGAUCUAUCCCGUUCCAGAUUAA